ACGUUUUAGGGUACAACCAACAAAGCGAGGGUACAAUCGCAGCGAAUGAGAGCUCUAUAACUGUAAUAAAUUAUCGUUAAAAUAUCGGGUGAGAAAGUCAAGCAAAAGAAGCUCACUCUUAUAUUUUCAUUUCACACAAACGCCGUCACUUAUAAACAGCAGCCACACACAAAAACACACUCACUGCGUGCCGCAUUCGCCUUCGCCCCCCAACCUCCCGUCUCUCCGCCCCCACAGCCCGCCGGCGCCGCGUCAAGGCGUGUGGAUUGCUGUUUUCCUAUUGAUCGUCGACCUAGGGCUUUUGUCAGUGUUUUUCUGAUUUUUAUUUUGAAUUUUUUAUUUCGGGGAUUUGAUGGCGUCGGAGGAUGUGAAGACGAGCGAAUCGGCGGUGUCGAAGAUUGUUAAUUUGGCGGAGGAGGCGAAGCUCGCGAAGGAGGAAAUCAAGCCUACUAAGUAUCAAGUUUAUAGUAUCUGCAAAUCUCUCAUCGCUGGUGGCGUCGCUGGAGGAGUGUCGCGAACCGCUGUAGCUCCGUUGGAACGUCUGAAAAUUCUGCUUCAGGUUCAAAAUUCACAGAAUAUAAAGUACAAUGGUACUAUUCAAGGGUUGAAGUACAUAUGGAGAACUGAGGGAUUUCGGGGCUUGUUCAAAGGGAAUGGAACUAAUUGUGCUCGAAUCGUCCCAAAUUCAGCUGUAAAAUUCUUCAGCUAUGAGCAAGCAUCCAAGGGUAUAUUAUAUUUAUAUCAGCAACAAACUGGAAAUGAGGAUGCUCAGCUGACUCCUGUGUUACGCCUGGGUGCUGGAGCUUGUGCUGGAAUAAUCGCCAUGUCUGCCACAUACCCAAUGGACAUGGUUCGAGGCAGAAUUACGGUUCAGACAGAAACGUCUGCUUACCAAUACAGGGGAAUGUUUCAUGCAUUAUCCACUGUGCUUCGAGAGGAAGGCUUCCGUGCCCUAUACAAGGGUUGGCUUCCUUCUGUCAUUGGAGUUGUACCGUAUGUGGGUCUCAACUUUGCUGUGUACGAAUCCCUCAAAGAUUGGUUAAUCAAAUCUAAAGCCUUUGGGCUUGUUGAGGAUAACGAAUUGGGUGUUGCGACAAGGCUCGCCUGUGGGGCUGCAGCAGGCACAGUCGGACAAACUGUUGCCUACCCACUCGAUGUCAUCCGUAGGAGAAUGCAGAUGGUUGGAUGGAACAACGCUUCCUCAAUCGUCACCGGUGACGGGAGAAGCAAGGCGUCCCUCGAAUACACAGGUAUGGUCGAUGCUUUCAGGAAAACCGUGAGGCACGAAGGCUUCAGAGCAUUGUACAAGGGCCUGGUCCCCAAUUCAGUGAAGGUUGUCCCAUCGAUAGCUAUUGCAUUUGUGACGUACGAACAAGUGAAAGAGUUACUCGGGGUAGAGAUUAGGAUAUCCGAUUGAUUCAUCUUCGCGGAGUGGUGUGAUGUCUCACUCUGUUAUUUUUGGCUGAGGGGAGGAGGAAUUAGUGUUAGAACCCUCUUCUGCCGAGAGCGAGGGAAGCCGCGUGCCGUUCUAACCUAUCUGUGUUCAUAUAUCUAUCUCCUGUGACCAGUUAGUUUGCUCAGUAGAAAUGCUGUCUGAAUAAGAUUAGUGCAGAAGAAUGAUGCCAAUAAUAGCUUCUCUCUUUAUGUUUCUGGUUUUAUACUGUCUCAGGUGAAUCCUUUUGUUUUUGUCUCAAUGCUAUAUGUUGAGGUUAUUAGCUGAUUGAAAAUAUUUGGGGGUUUUCUCUUUAGUAUGGAUUUUUAGCCUUUUUGCA